AUGGUGCUGCUGAUAGACCGGUGUUAUAUUACAAUACAAAUCACGAUUCCUGUUUCACAACUCCCAUCGAGGGUUUUAAGGAGUGCUGGGGCGGUCCUGCCCCAGUGCUCCCAGGGCACGGGCAGAACCGGGCCGGACUGGCACGGCGGGAGCGCCACCCGCCCGGGCUCCCUGCCGUCGGGGCACCCGCGGCUCCCCGGGAGAGCUCAGAGCCGGACGAGCAUGGACGAAGCCUGCGAGCGGCCGCUGGGCAGCCGAGGUGCCCGCGCAGGACCGGCGGGCUCCGCGGCGCUGCGGUCCUUCAAGCGCGUCGGCGUCCCCGUCCUGGCGGCCGCGCUCGGCCUCGCCAGCGUGGUCGCCGUCGGCUUCUUCGCGAAGACCUACCUGGAACACUACUACUACUUCUGCUGGUGGCCCCUGCGGCUGCUGCCGCUGCAGCGGGUGUGCGACGGCCGGGCCGACUGCGCGCGGGGCGAGGACGAGGCCGGCUGCGCCCGGCGGGUCCCCGACGGCCCGCGGGUGGGCGUGCGCGUCUCCAGGGACGGGGACGCCCUGCAGGUGCUGGACCCGCUCUCCGGAGCCUGGUGCUGGGUCUGCCACGACGGCUUCACCCUGCUGCUGGCGAAAGCAGCCUGUGAGCAGAUGGGCUACGGCAGCCCGCCCGCCGUCGGGGCGGUGGAGCCGGGCGGCGGGCAGGCCGCGGCGCUGCGCCAGGUCGCGCUGAGCAACGGCAGCCUGCGGCUGCAGGAGGCGGGCAGGCAGUGCCCCUCGGGCUCCGCGGUCUCGCUCCGGUGUUCCCAGGCGUGCGGCGAGAGCGCCGGGGCCCCGCGGGUGCUGGGCGGGCGCCCGGCGGCCAUCGAGGCUUGGCCCUGGCAGGUGAGCCUGCAGUACAGGAAGGAGCACAUCUGCGGCGGCGCCGUCAUCGACCCCGGCUGGAUCCUCACCGCCGCCCACUGCUUCAAGAACAACCCCGCGGUGCACGGCUGGCGCGCCGAGGCCGGCUCCCGCCUGCUCUCGGGCACCGCCAGCCUCGCCGUGGAGAAGGUCUUCCUGGCCGAGGUGACGCCCGCCUCUCCCAAGGACAACGACAUCGCCCUGGUGAAGCUGCGCUCCCCGCUGCGCCUCUCGGCCUGCAGCAAGCCCGUCUGCCUGCCCUACUUCGAUGAGGAGCUGCGCCCGGGCGCCUCGCUGUGGGUCACGGGCUGGGGGUACACGCGGGAGCACGGCACGCUGUCCGAGAGCCUGCAGCAGGCGGAGGUGGAGCUGGUCGACACCCGGAGCUGCAACCUGGCCGCCUACCAUGGGGACGUCACGGAGAAGAUGCUGUGCGCCGGCCUGCCGCAAGGCGGGGUGGACACGUGCCAGGGCGACAGCGGCGGGCCCCUGCUGCGUUCGCGCCGCCGCUGGCACGUGGUGGGCAUCGUCAGCUGGGGCCAGGGCUGCGGCAGCCCCGGCACCCCCGGCGUCUACACCAGCGUCCAGGCCUACCUCAACUGGAUCUACACCGUCCGCAGGUCGGAGCUGUGAGAGCCGCCGGACGCGUCCCCCUCCGCCCCCGGCCUCCCGUCCCUUUCGCGCUUGGCUCCCCCGGCCCCGGC